GCUGAGGGUCUGACAGGAAAACACAAUGGAUCCUGAGGUCACAGCUGAGUUUGCUAUAUAUGUAUAAUCACCGACUCCACUGACUCCAGAGCAUGAGCCUCCACCUCAGCAGGGACACGAUGAGCGCGUCGGUGGCCGUGUACAGGAACAUCUACACGGAGGACCGCUUCCAGCAGGCCUACGGCUCCGAGGACAGCGCGGCUGGCAGCGUGCGGCUCCGGGAGCGGCUGGCCGGGAGGUGCAGGUGCUCGACGCGGGCCUGGCUCCACCUGCUGAGGGAGAGAGUCCCCAUAUUCAGGUGGCUGCCGAGCUACAGGCUCAGGAAGUGGAUCUUAGGAGAUACCGUGGCCGGACUGACUGUGGGGAUCCUUCACAUCCCGCAGGGCAUGGCCUUUGCGUUACUCACGUCAGUGGCACCAAUAUUCGGCCUCUACACCUCCUUCUUCCCUGUGAUCAUCUAUAUGUUUUUUGGCACAGGUCGCCAUGUGUCCACAGGUACCUUUGCGGUGGUGAGUCUGAUGACUGGCUCCGUGGUGGAGCAGCUGGUUCCCAGUCCUCUGGGACUGAACUCCAGUUCGUCUGAGGCGGCUGACUUCGAGGCCCAGAGGAUCGGAGUGGCCUCGGCCGUAGCACUCCUCUCAGGGAUUAUCAUGCUCUGCAUGUGUGGGCUUCAGCUGGGCUUCCUGUCCACCUAUCUGUCAGAGCCAAUCGUUAAGGCUUUCACCAGUGCUGCUGCCUUCCAUGUCACCAUCUCCCAGCUGCAAAGCAUGCUGGGCCUGCGCCUCCCUCGCCACACUGGGACCUUCUCCCUCUUCAAGACGUUAGCGUCAGUGAUGGAGAACCUGCCUCAUACCAACAUGGCGGAGCUGCUCAUCUCCCUGGUGUGUUUGGCCGUACUGGUCCCAGUUAAGGAGAUCAACAUGCGUUUCCGGCACCGCCUACGCACACCCAUUCCUGUGGAGAUCCUCACGGUGAUUGUUGCUACAGCUGUGGCCUACGCCUCCUCACUGGACUCGUCUUACAACAUCGAAAUAGUUGGUCACAUCCCAGCUGGAUUUCCAAAGCCACGGAUGCCUGCCCUGCAGACUCUACCUGACAUUGCUGGAGACACAAUAGCCAUAACGUUUGUUGGUUACGCCGUGUCAGUUUCCCUGGCCAUGAUUUAUGCUGAUAAACAUGGAUACUCCAUCCAACCCAACCAGGAGCUGCUGGCUCACGGCAUCUCAAACACCGUGUCCUCAUUUUUCACGUGCUUCCCAAGCUCGGCAACUCUGGCCACCACUAACAUUCUGGAGAGCGCUGGAGGAUACACACAGCUCUCCGGCCUGUUCACCAGUCUGGUCGUCCUGAUUGUCCUGCUGCUGAUUGGACCUCUGUUCUAUUUCCUACCCAAGGCAGUCUUGGCAUGCAUCAACGUCACCAGCCUCAGGCAGAUGUUUCUGCAGUUCCAGGACUUACCUGAGCUGUGGAGGAUCAGCAAGGUGGAUUUCAUGGUCUGGCUGGUGACAUGGCUGUCUGUGGUGGUGCUAAACGUGGAUCUUGGUUUAGCCAUCGGAGUGGUGUUCUCCAUGAUGACUGUCAUCUUUCGCACACAAAGGGCCGGUUGUUCAGUACUUGGCCGAGCCAGCAACACAGAAAUUUACAGACCUCUGGAGAAACACAGCAAGUGCUAUGAGGUGCCUGGAGUGAAGAUCCUCACGUACAAUGGGCCGAUUUACUAUGGCAACCGUAGCUUCUUCAGGGAGGAGAUGAGCAGGUUGCUGGGCCUGACGCCAGAGAAGAUCCGCAGCUGGGAGAAGGCCAAGAAAGCCCUGGAGAAACGGGAGAGAGAGGCCACCAUCAACACCGUGGAAAGAGGCAUCGCAAACACAUCGUAUUCCUCAGACAACGACUUCUUUAAAUCAGAAAUGCCUGAGAGCGACGUCCAGGCAGUGUUAAUCGAUUGCAGCAGCGUGAUAUUCGUCGAUGUUGCUGGAGCAAGACUCUUCACACAGAUGUGCACUGAAUGCCAGAAGGUUGGAGUGCAUGUGUAUCUGGCCAACUGCAAUGAGAGUGUCUUAAAGAUCCUGACAUCCAGCGGGCUGAUGAACCACAUGAAUCCUCAACAUAUUUUCGUCACCGUUCACGACGCUGUGAUGUAUAUUCAGCAGCAAAGGGAAAAACCUCCAGAGAACACCACAACUGUUUGGGUAUGAGGAGGACGUGGAGGAACCAUCCUUCUUCUAACCAACUCAAAUGGCGGAGGGCGUCAGGACUUCAUUUGUUUCCCCUUCUGAGUCUCUCAGCUGUGUGGCAGCACUCCAGCAUGUGGCCCAGAAUUGUACACCAGUGUUUCAAAGAAGCAGUAGCCUGUUGUAGCACUAUGUCAUGAGUUCAAAGUCAAAUUAUAUUACGUUGUUAACUAGUUUCCAUAAGAGUCCACCAUGUCACACUUUAAACCAUCAAACAUUCGGAAAGCAACAACAUACAAUCAUAUAUUCAAUAUAAACACAUCUGAUAAAUUCUAAUGUUUUUCACUUCUAUGUGACAGAUAUCAGUUGCGUGUUUCUCUAUUGUCAUAUAUGCUGGAACAUUACCAUAGAGAUAUUUAUUUAGUUUCUGUUUGUCUUUUGUAAUAUGGAUAAUUAUACACAAAGUGCACUGAAUAUUUUGUUUAAAUACUUUGUAUAUUUAUAUGUUGUUAUGUUUUUUAAAUAAAUAUGUGCUGGAAUAUGCAAAUAUGUACAUUAAACGACAUCCCAUACAGCC